AUGGAUUCGAUGGAAAUAGUUUGUCCUACAUAUAGCAUGCAUGAUAAUAUUGAUAAGUAUGAGCAGCUUAUUGUUCAUCAGGUAUCUGAUUUGUCAUUUAUGAGCUGUGAAUUGGACAGUCGUUCGCAGGCAUUUCUCAUAUGCGACUCGCCUCUAGCGACGACAUCUAUCAGUCAUAAAAUUGUAUUUCGCCAAUUUUCUCCUUUACCAAAUGGUUUCGAAUAUCAGCCUGGCCGAUCCUAUUAUUUGAUUACAACAUCAAAUGGAUCCACAGAAGGCAUGAACAAUACUCGGUUGGGACUUUGUGUUACUGCGAAUAUGAGGUUGCGUAUUGAUGUUCGGCCUUUGAGUGAUGACUCUUAUCCAAGUUCUGAAGAAGGAAUGGAUAUGAAGUCUGAGGUGUUGGAGUCAUUGGAACCAAAAAGAACUGGGGAAGAAGACUGGUCUCGAGAUCGUCGAAUAAAACCACCUACAGCUGACAAUGCAAAAACAGAGCAGGAUAUCGAUAUGCUAAACAAUGAGUCACAGAAGUUCGCUGAAAAACACGGUUUUGAUUUGAUGCGACUAGAGUACGUCAGGCAGUUAGCGAUAGAUGGGGUUGAAGGCGAUUUUCCAUUCCGGGAGCUUGAAAAUGACUCUAUGAGAGUUUCGAUGGGUUCACCGGAGACCAAGCUUGCCAGUGGUCCGGGGCGGCCAAGUUUUUCAAGUACACUUUCUGACCGUGAAACGCUUCAUUCGACAAGUAGGCAGGCGCAGCGAUGGAUUUCAAAAGAAAUACAAAGUAGAUUCGGUGCUUCACGGGACGUUUUCCCCGACCAGAAUACAAGUGGCAUAGAAUCUGCGAAGGAUUAUGUUGUAGACGACGUGUCCGGUGGAGGCGCUAUAUUUGGGCGGCUAGAAGCUAAAUAUGAAGGUAACACGAACUAUUUCUGUGAUUAUAAAAGAGGGCUGGGUGUGCACACGCUGUGGGUGCACACCAUUAGUGAUAACCCGAAGUCUCGAUCCCGCCAAGUUGGAUGUACGCAGUACUCUGCUUUUCCCGAAAUGCUACAUUAUUACAACACCGAUUGA